AUGUUUCAUGACCCCCUACCACAUGAAGAAGUAAGUCCUCAUUUCCAUCUGCCCGUCUGUUGUCUGCAGUGGCGUAACUACCGGUGUUCCACGUGUUCGGCGGAACACGGGCCCGCUGCUUCAAGGGCCCCGGUCCGUUGCGAGGGUUUGUCGCUUACAGGGGCGGAUGCUCGGGCGCCAGCUCCCUCUGUGGGUACUCUAGCUCAAGGAACAGAAAUAAGUAAUACUUCGGGCCUCUUUGGCGGCGGCUUCUCCCUAGAUGGGGCUGAUUCGGUUCCUGGGGAGGCGGAAAAAAGAGAAACUUGCAACACUCGCCCGGUUUCCGGGAUCGCACCGGCGCAGCGGUCACAGAUUAAUCCCUGCCCUAUGUUAACUGAUACAUUGGGGGAACUCCCGAUCAAAACGGAAAAUGCUCAAAAAAGCCCGAAAGCACCCAGACGAUUGUCUUGCAAAAUUUGCAAAGAAGAAUUUCCCAACGUUUUAUUCCUACGUCGCCACAAAAUAGAUAUUCACCAUCUGGGAAAAUUCGCCUGCCCCGUUUGCAAAAAACAUUUCAAACAUCGUUCCACUCUGAAAAAACAUAGAGACGUGCAACACGGAGGCGGCAAACUAUUCUACUGCGAUGGUUGUGAGAAAUACCUCAAGACGCACGACCAGCUCAAACAGCACCAACGCGACCACGCCAAUCCCGAAGGCAUAACAUGCCCAGAAUGCGGCCGAAAAUUCCUUUUUAGAUCAUCUUUUCGGAAACAUAUGUCUCUGCACAGAAACGGACCACAUAAGUGCGAGUUGUGCUCUUCCAGUUUCCGAGAUCGCUCAAAAUUGAAAUUUCACAUGAAGAAACACGAAGACAAUUACGUAGCUCCGACUUUUGCUUGUGAAUUCUGCGAAAAAGUCUAUCUGGUGGAGCAAAAUCUUCAACUACAUGUUAAGAAAGUGCAUAAAGGGGAGACCGAAUCGCACGUGUGUGAGACUUGUGGGAAGUCUAUGGCGUCAAAACAGAGCUUGAUUCAUCAUCAGUAUAUCCAUUUGGGGAGAAAACCUUUUGCGUGCCAUUUGUGUGACAAAAGUUUUGCUAAGCCAGGACGGUUGACUGAUCACAUCAGAACUCAUAAUAACGAAACACCCUUCAAGUGUGAAUUUUGCGAGAAAAGUUUUAGUAUGAAAAAAACUUUGAAGUCGCACAUGAUGGCGCUUCAUGAGGGUAAAAAGCAUCUGUGUGCGAUCUGUGGAAAGGCGCUGUCAUCAGCUGAGAGCUUAAAAGUGCACACUAGGAUGCACACUGGGGAAAAACCGUUCUCGUGGUCCAUACGAAGGAGAAACCACACGUUUGUAAAAUCUGUGGGAAAAGCUACACUCAAGGCACUUCUUUGUCGUUACACGUGA